UGGGGGUUACUAGCUCAGUCCUGCCUCAGCUUUUUACGGCUCAAGACGGGAACUAGAGGUCGGUAGAGUUUUCCAGAAAAGGAAAGCGAAAGAGGCAAAGUCAACCGCCCAGAGUUGUGGGGAUGGGCGGGCCAGCAGUCAGGACGGAGGGACGCGCAAGCUGAGCCUAGGAUGGCUGAGUCCGGCUCCUUCCCGCUGCUGGUCCAGGGGUCUUGGGGCCCCGACCCCCCGAAGAGCUUGCGCGCCAAGUUGCAGAUGUACUUCCAGAGCCCAAAGAGAUCCGGCGGGGGGGAGUGUGAGGUCCAGCAAGACCCCGGGAGCCCGUCCCGCUUCCUGGUGCUCUUCCACCCGGAGGACGUUCGGCAGAGAGUUCUGGAGAGAAAGAAUCACGAGUUAAUAUGGCCAGGAAAAGGAACUUUCAAGUUAACUCUCCAGUUGCCCACAGCCUCAGAUAAAGUCCAUGAUGGUGUAGAAGAGAAAAAUUUGACGGAGGAAUCCAAGUUUAAAGAAGAUAUCAAAAGACCAGAUGCAUCAAAAGAACUGGGUACAAAAGUCUCCCCCAAUGAAGGAUCAGAAGAAAUGGAAGAUACACCAAAAGAAUGUGAAAAUAUUCCCUCUUUGGUGGCAUUUGAAGAUCUCAAGGCAAAUGUGACUGACAUGAUGUUAAUCUUGUUGGUAGAGCUCAUAAGUGGCCUGUCCAAGGAUGACUUUGAUGUGGAAGUAAUACCAGAUUCUGAUGUCGCUGUAGUUACCUUUAAAAAACAUAUAGAUACCAUGAAGUUUGUUGAGGAUUGCUCCCAGCACCACUCAGCUAAACAACUCCAGCUUUCUCCAAGACUUCUGGAAGUGACCAAAACAAUCAGGGUUGAAAACCUGCCUCCCAGUGUUGAUGAAUACAGUUUACAACUUUUCUUUGAAAAUCCUUUCCAUGGAGGGGGAAGAGUUGCCAAUGUUGAAUAUUUCCCCAAAGAGAGUUCAGCUCUGAUAGAAUUUUUUGACAGAAAAGCAUUAGACACCAUCAUGGCUAAGAAACUUGACUUCAACAAGAUGCCACUUUCUGUGUUCCCAUACUAUGCCUCAUUGGGCACAGCCUUGUACGGAAAAGAGAAGCCUCUGAUCAAGCUUCCCGCACCAUUUGAAGAAUCACUGGAUCUUCCCUUAUGGAAGUUCUUACAGAAAAAGAAUCAGCUGAUUGAUGAGAUAAAUGAGGAGAUGAGUCACUGCCACUGUGAGCUAACCUGGUCCCAACUCAGUGGUAAAGUAACCAUCAGACCAGCAGCCACCUUAGUCAACCAAGGAAGACUGAGGAUCAAGACCUGGCAGGAAGAUACUUCCAUGGCACUUUCUGGCCUCAGGUCUAAGUAUAAAGUCACAUCACUUAAAGUGGAGCCAAUAGUGUGGGACAUUAUAAGAAAUGACUCAGAAGAUGAUAGAAUUUUGAUUGAGUUUGAUACCCUGAAGGAGAUGGUAAUCUUGGCAGGGAAAUCAGAGGAUGUCCAAGAAGUUGAGCAUCAAAUGAAGGCGUUAAUAGAAAGCACCACACAAAAAAUUAAAAAGGAAGAGCAGAGUGUGAAGGAGAAAGUGGCCAUGUCUCCAAGCAAGUAUGUUCUUUUGAGCCACAGUGGUGUACUGGACCAUCUGUGCUCGGAGUGCCCAGACGUGGAGAUCAGUUAUGAUGCUGUCACUCAAUACAUGUCUGUGAAAGGACUCCGCGCAGAUGUGUACAAAGUCAAGUGUGAAAUCCAGGAAAAGGUGUACACCAUGGCUCAGAGGAACAUUCCUGUUUCUCCUGAGGUUUUCCAGUUUUUACAGCAGGUAGACUGUAAAGAAUUCUCUCAGCAUCUUUUCAAAGCACAGAAAAUUCUUGGGAUUUAUGAGUUAAAGGGUACAACUGUUCUGUUAACCGGCUGUUCUUCUGAAGUCCUGUUAGAAGCUGAAAAACAAAUGCUCAGUGCCUUAACUUAUAAGCGCAUUGAAAUUGAGAAUAAUGAAGUUCUUAAUGGCAAGAAAUGGAAAGAGCUCACUUGCAAUUUGCGCAGGAAACAUAACUCCUCCUCCAGCACUGUUGUAAUCCAGGAGUCAAGUUCAAAGACCCCAGCUGAGGUCAUCAUUGCAGGCUGUGUGAGAGAAGUUGAUGAAGUCUAUACAUUGCUUGUUGACUUUUUGGAAAAGCACAUGAAAAUAGAGAGAUUUAUUGAAGUAAAGUCUUCCUUAGUUAUUAGCUACUUAAAGGCAGAAAAGAAGCUGUCCUUGCCAAAGCUGAAGAAGACAAAUGUGCAGGUAGUUUUCAGUCCUGAGAACAGAAAGGGCAUUUUACUGGUUGGCCCCAAGAGCGAAGUACUGGAGAGAACGAAGGACAUCCUGCAAGUCCGGGAUUCGGUCUGUGUUAGGAGUGUGUGUAUCGAUAAGCCCGGAGCCAGGCAGUUCUUCCAGGAAAAAGCCCGGUUUUAUAAAAGUGAGGCCAGAAAGUUGUUUGGUUGUUUCAUCGAGCUGCAGGAGGAUGAGGUGCCGCAGUGCCUCUCUCGGAGGGACUUGGCCCCUGGGGUGGAGCUGAUCGUGCAGCAGGGCGACUUGACUCAGCUGGCCGUGGAUGUGGUGGUGAAUGCCGCUAACGAGGAACUCCAGCAUUCUGCUGGCCUUGGGGCAGCACUCUUAAAAGCAGCUGGCCCUGAGCUCCAGGCCGAAUGUGACCAGAUAGUGAAGAGAGGUGGCAGGGUCCCGCCUGGCAAUGCCGUCAUCUCCAAAGCAGGAAAGCUCCCUUAUCGCCAUGUGAUCCACGCAGUGGGGCCCCUGUGGGACAGCAGCCAGGCCUCGUGGUGCGUGCACAUGUUAAGGAGAGUUGUGGGAAUAAGUCUCGAUUUAGCUGAGAAACACAAGUGCCGAUCCAUAGCCAUCCCAGCUAUCGGUUCUGAAAGGCUCAGCUUUCCUGUACACCAGUGUGUGGAGAGCAUUGUUUUGGAGGUCAAGGAAAACUUUCAGUACAGUCAAGGUGGAUGCUGUUUGAAAGAGAUUUACCUUGUGGAUGCAUCUAAAGAGACUACUGAGGCCUUUGCUGAAGCUGUGAAAACUGUGUUUAAGGACACCUUGCCUGAUACAGCUGCAGGGGAAGCAUCACAGAAACCACCCAGCACUCUUAUGUCCCCGGGAGGCCUGCUGAUGCUGUUGGUGAAAGGAAGUGUGCAGAAUGCUAAGACCGACGUUAUUGUCAACUCUGUUCCCUCGGAUCUUGCACUUGAUAGAGGGCCCCUUUCUAAGGCCCUCUUGGACAAGGCUGGGCCAGAGCUCCAGAAGGAAUUGGACGCAGCUGCACAAGGGGGAGCCGUCAGAGUGGGCACAGUUCUCCAAACCAGUGGCUGCAAUCUGCACUGCCACCGCGUGCUUCACGUCGUGGCUCCAGAGUGGAGAAGUGACAACACAUCUUCACAAAAGCAUUGUGCUAAUAUCAUCAUGGAAAACAUAAUCAGAGAAUGUCUGGAGAUCACCAAGAGCUUGUCCUUAAAAUCUGUUACAUUUCCAGUUAUAGGAAAAGAAAACUCAGGAUUUCCUAAAACUGUAUUUGCUGAAUUAAUCAUUUCAGAGGUGUUCAAAUUUAGUAGCAAGAGUCAACCAACCACUUUACAAGAGGUUCACUUUCUACUACACCCGAGUGAUCAUGAAAAUAUUCAGGCAUUUUCAGAUGAAUUUGCCAGCAGGAUUAAUGAAAAUCUCAUCAGUGAUAAAAUUCCCAAGGCUGAAGAUACACAAGAUACACCAGGUUUUUAUGGGACUAUCUCUAGCCCUCAUUCAGGAGUGCAUGAAAUGAAGAUUGGCCCCAUCAUCUACCAGGUGGCUUCUGGGGAUAUCACCACAGAAGAGGCGGAUGUGAUCGUAAAUUCAACAUCGGGCAAAUUUAAUCUUGAAGCAGCUCAACAGGGCAAACGUGAUUACAUAAUUACUGGAGGCAGAUCACUGAAGUGCAAGAAUAUCAUUCAUGUUGUUGGUGGAAAUGAUGUCAAGAAAUCAGUUUCACAUGUUUUGCAGGAGUGUGAAAAACGGAAUUAUUCAUCCAUUUCCCUCCCUGCCAUUGGGACAGAAAAUGCCAAACAAGACCCAGAUAAGGUUGCUGAAGCCAUACUGGAUGCCAUUGAAGACUUUAUCCAGAAAGGAGCAGCCCAGUCUGUGAAAAAAGUUAAAGUUGUUAUCUUUCUGCCUCAAAUGCUAAAUGUGUUUUAUGCCAGCAUGAAAAAAAGAGAAGGGUCUCGGGCUUCUCCCCAACAGUCUAUGGUGUCUAACCUUGCAUCCCUUGUGGGCUUUUCAAGGCAAACUCCCAAAACACAGACUCCUUUGGUUUUGGAAAAGAAAACAGAAUCAGCAAUUUUUGAGGUGUGUGGUGAAAAUAUAGAAUGUGUGGGAAACACUAUCUCCUGGAUACAGGACCUGAUAAAAAAGGAACAGUUGAUUUAUGUCUGUGAAGAUGAGUUUAUCAAAGACUUUGGUGAAAAGGAAUUUCAGAAAUUGAAUGAGUUACAGAAGAAGUUAGAUAUUACCAUUUCUCUGGACCAUAAGAAGCCUUUCAUUAAGAUUGUAGGGUUUAUCAGAGACGUGAUACAGGCUAAAGAUGAGAUUGAGAACAUGAUCAAGAGAGUUCAACUGGACAAAGAACAGGAGUCCUGGGAAGAUUGUAACAGUGAAUUUAUAGAAUGUCAGCUUAAUGACAAUAACCUUCAACUGGAGGAUGUUAAGAGAGCAAAGAGACAAGCAGCCCUCAUCAAAAGUAGGAAUAUGCACUCCACAUACAGAUACACUGCCACAGAUGCAAAUGGACUCAAUUUACCUGCCCUGCGCCUCACAAAAUCUAAUGUUGAUAUCCAGGCAUAUAGGAGUGACAUGAAGCGGAAGAAUAUCCAAGUAGUGGACCUACUACCUGGCCAUCCAGAACACAUCACUGUGACAAAAAAGCUCAAUCAGACCUACUCGUACUGCACAAUAAAGAAGGGCUCUGCAAGUUCUGGGGCUUCAGAAGUGGACAAGAAGGAAAAGGACAUCUGCGUCAUCUGUAUGGACACCAUUAGCAAAAAACACGUGUUACCAAAGUGCAAGCAUGAGUUCUGUGCCCCUUGUAUCAACAAAGCCUUGUCAUAUAAGCCAAUCUGUCCUGUGUGUCAGACAUCAUAUGAUAUUCAGAAAGGAAAUCAGCCAAAUGGAAGCAUGCAUGUCACUAGGUCACCACAGUCACUUCCAGGCUAUGAAUCCUGUGGCUCCAUUGUGAUUACUUAUGAUAUGAAAACAGGCCUACAAACAGGCUCUGCAAGUUCUGGGGCUUCAGAAGUGGACAAGAAGGAAAAGGACAUCUGCGUCAUCUGUAUGGACACCAUUAGUAAAAAACACGUGUUACCAAAGUGCAAGCAUGAAUUCUGUGCCCCUUGUAUCAACAAAGCCAUGUCUUAUAAGCCAAUCUGUCCUGUGUGUCAGACGUCAUAUGGUAUUCAAAAAGGAAAUCAGCCAAAUGGAAGCAUGCAUGUCACUAGGUCACCACAGUCACUUCCAGGCUAUGAAUCCUGUGGCUCCAUUGUGAUUACUUAUGAUAUGAAAACAGGCCUACAAACAGAGGAGCACCCAAACCCAGGAAAGAGAUAUUCUGGAAGACAGCAAACUGCAUAUUUGCCUGAUAAUGAGGAAGGAAGGGAGGUUUUGCGACUGCUUCGUAGGGCCUUUGACCACAAGUUGAUUUUCACAGUGCAGGACUCUCGCACAUUAGGAACCUUUGAUGUCAUCAGAUGGAAUGAUAUUCCCCACAAAACAUCCCAGUUAGGAGGACCAGAAAGUUGUGGCUACCCUGAUCCUGAUUAUCUGACAAGUGUCAAAGCGGUGCUGAAAACUAAAGGAAUUGAGUAAGAAAACUACUGGAAGAAUGUCUUCACCCAAGCUUUCAAAAAAUAUCUUUUAGGAGGCUGAGUUUAAUGUCAAUGUUCUUUCAUCUUUAAAAUAUUUCAUCUUAGAAAGUGGUUUAGGGCCAGGAGUAGUGGCUCAUGCCUGCAAUCCUAGCACUUUGUAAGGCCAAGGUAGGAGGAUUACUUGAGGUCAGGAGUUCAAGAUCAGCCUGAGUGAGAGUGAGACCCUGUCUCUACUAAAAAUAGAAAAGCUAGCUGGGUGACAGAGAGAGACUGUUUAACAAAAAAAAAGUGGUUGACAUAAGAUUAUCAGCUGGUAUGUCAUUUCUAGAGUGAUACUUAUUAUGGAAGACAAAAGCCCUGAAGGUCUCUGUAAUUUUGCUGCAGAGGUGUCCAGUCUCAUUCUUGUAUCAUCUUUGGGGUUAAAGGUGGAUAUGAAACCACCUAGAAGGUCUGAAAAUAAAGCUUGAAAAUUCAUCCUAGAAAAAUUGCUGCACACCUCAUUGCUAAUAUUCCUAUAGUCACCUUAGAAGUACUCCCCUUGGGAAGCUAUGCACCAACAUCAGCGCCGAGUCCACUCUUCAAAGCAAUUUUGUUUUUUCUUUUGUUUUUUUUUUAUUGUUGGGGAUUCAUUGAGGGUACAAUAAGCCAGGUUACACUGAUUGCAAUUGUUAGGUAAAGUCCCUCUUGCAAUCAUGUCUUGCCCCCAUAAAAUGUGACACACACCAAGGCCACACCCCCCUCCCUCCUUCCCUCUUUCUGUUUCCCCCCCAUAACCAUAAUUGUCAUUAAUUGUCCUCAUAUCAAAAUUGAGUACAUAGGAUUCAUGCUUCUCCAUUCUUGUGAUGCUUUACUAAGAAUAAUGUCUUCCACGUCCAUCCAGGUUAAUACAAAGGAUAUAAAGUCUCCAUUUUUUUUAAUGGCUGAAUAGUA